CGUCGUACGAUAACGAAAGAAACGCGCCGUCGUCGCGUUUGGUGACCUGCGCUGGUGUCCUGCGGGCGGGAUCCUCGAUCUAAUUCGAUCGAUCGCUUGGUGACGUCCGGGCCCCGUGGAUCCCAGAGCUUUCGAGACUACUGACGAGAAGCCAUGAGGACGUCGCUGGCGUUGCUGAUUUCCGUGGUGGCGACCGCGACGGCGAUGCCUCUACAAGACACCCCGAGCGCUCGAUUGUUCCCGCGGAACAGGGACGCGAUCGCGGUUUCCACGGAAACCGACGAUGUCACCGCGAAGGACGCGACGAAUCGCCCGGCAAAAAGGCAAUACGAGAAGGACGACGGCGGAACGAAAGAUCGCAGAGCCGCGAUCCCGCCGGUGACCUCGAUUCCGAGUCAGGAUAAUCGACCGGAGAGCAAGGAGGACGAGGGCAGGGACAAAUCGGCGAAGAAGAGUCGAAAGCACAAAGCCAUCUUCGUCAACUAUCCGAUCGUGCCUCAGCUGACGUACCCGAACGUGCCGUACGACGUCGACUACAACGGUUUCGACACCGACGAGAGGACGUCCGACGACAGGAGCAGGUACCAGGAGAGCAACAUCAUCUACAUUCGGUUGCCACCCACGCAGUACAUGUUCGUACCGGGGCUGGACUACGUCUCGCGACCCUCCGCCUACGCCACCUCGAAGAUCCAUCAACAGAUACCGUUCACCAGGCCCAAGCCAGUCUAUCAGCAACCCGUUAAUCCUUUCAUCAAGUUGCCCAUUGAUUUCGUGAGCAACGGUAAACCGACGUCGGUCUAUCAAUGGCAGAAGAAACCGAGCAAGAAGCCCACCGACAGCCCCAUCACCAAUCUGGACAGUCUGUCGGCGGAGUUCGUGAGCAACGGCAAACCGACGUCGAUCUAUCAGUGGCAGAGCAAUCUGAAGCCGAUCAAACGACCCGACGAUCUGGCCCACAAGCUGGACAAGGGACCGUACAGUUUCAACGGGAAACCGACCAACUUCUUCCUCCUGAAACCCGACGGAACGUCCACGAAGCAUCAGCCUUUCCGCUACCCGGACUACCAGCAAGACAAUUCCUACUAUUGAACACUUCGUCGGGAUCCUAGAAAUUGAUGGUUCGAUCGCACAUUUCGAAUCGUUGCUCCGCGAAAGAGUGGUUCGAGUGUAAAAGAACGCUCGAGGAAUCGAGUUUGUAGAUAUUGUGGGGUCUGUGAGCGAGAUGGAAAGGGAGAGGACUUAUUAACGAAUAAGGCGAUCCUAGAAGGCGCUGUCUCAGGCGCCAUGACAUUGGAUAGUCGAGCGCUUGCGAGAGGGAUAAGAGCGUGGCCCUCUGGCGGCGAUG